AUGGUGGGCUCGGGCAUCUGGGCUCUGAGCCUCCUUCUGCUGGUGCAGGGCUCAGCGGAUGGAAAUGGAAUCCAGGGGUUCUUCUACCCAUGGAGUUGUGAGGGAGACGUGUGGGACCGGGAGAGCUGCGGGGGCCAGGCGGCCAUCGAGAACCCCAACUUGUGCCUGCGUCUCCGCUGCUGCUACCGCGACGGCGUCUGCUACCACCAGCGACCGGACGAGACCAUACGUCAGAGGCACAUCCGAGCGCUGGGCUGGACGUGCGGCGGCCUGCUGCUGCUCAUCUGCGCCGUCUGCCUGUUCUGGUGGGCCAGGCGCCGGGACGUGCUGCACCUCCCGGGCUUCCUGAAGGGUCGCUGCGACCUGUCGAGGACCGUCUCGCUGCUGUCCAAGGAGAAGGCGUCCGUCAGUCAGAAGAGCUCCGUGAGCAAAGUGCUCACGUCCCAGCCUCAGGAGAGCACCCUGGACACGUCGGGGGCCACCGAGGGGGAGGGGGAGACUGAGGGGGGGGAGGAGGAAGAGGAGGACUAG